GCAGGCGGUUGUGUUGUAGACGGAGCAUAAACUUGAAUGAAUAUUCAAUGAAUUGAAUGGAAGUUACGAUUUUUUUUUUGUAAUUUUGUAUUUAAUUGAAAAUUUCAGCAAGUAGUUUGAAAAAAGUUAGAUAUGAGCAAUUGUAAAAUGCCGCUACCAGUUGAUGACUGUGAUGGUGAUCAACGAUGGCUCAGCAUACAUAAUCGAUUCCUUUCUGAAACUAGAGAAAAGGAUGCCGACGUCAUAUUUAUUGGAGAUUCUAUAGUACAAGCUCUUCAGCAUACAGAUGUCUGGAAUGAUUUAUUUGCACCAUUACAUUGCCUCAACUUUGGUAUACACAGGGAUAAAUUAGAAAAUGUUUUAUGGCGAAUCGAAAAUGGUGAGCUGGACCAUGUUAAACCUAAGGUGAUAGUACUCCAUGUAGGUACAAAUAAUCAUGCAAACACGCCAGAGGAAAUCAAAGAUGGUAUAAUAGAAUUAGUCGAAAAAAUAAGGGAAAAACAUCCUGAAGUUUAUAUUGUCAUCCCAACUCUACUGCCACGGGGACAACAUCCCAAUUUAGUUAGAGAAAAACUAGCGAAAGUAAAUGUUCUUUUGAAAGCAGAUCUGGAUGAUAGGCCAAAAGUUGAAUUGGUUGAAAUUGAUAAAGGCUUUAUCCAGCCUGAUGGUUCAAUAAGUCAUCAUGAUAUGCACGAUUACCUUUUGCUCACGAAUGCUGGCAGUAAGAAAGCCUUUGAACCUGUUCAUGAAUUAUUAGUUCAAUUAUUGAACGAAGAGGAACCAGAGAAAGAUCUCUCGCUUUCACUUUGAAUUCAGUUUGUAUAAAUUGUACCAAAGGCUAGGUACUUGCAGAUGAAAGUUGAAGAACUAGCGAUAAGAGAGCGGCACCUGCGGAGAGUGAAUUGAGAAACAGGCGUUUCUAGUGCUUCUGUAUUAGCGAGACUUGAUCCACUUUCCUUAUGCAGGAUUAUUUAUUUAUGUAUUUAUUUUUGUGGUACUUAAGUCAAAGAAUGUGAAUAUUUGAGCAAUUAUUCUAGCCUUUUUAUGGCUUCAUUGAAAAAGUCAUUCUAUGAAAUUUAGUGUGACGUAAUUUUUCUACACAGUAUUAAUUAUAGCAAAUUGUGAUAUUAUUCCC